UGUUCAUUUUUGCCUAAAUUCUCCAUUCAUAUAGAGACAAAAUACGAGGACAACAAAGGAAGCAAUGACAGUAUUUUUGACAACGAAGCUAAAGAUCUGGAGCGAGAGGUCUGCUUCAUUGAUAUUGCCAGCGAUGAAAUUCCCGAGCGCUAUUACAAAGAAUCAGAGGAUCCUAAAUAUUUCAAGUCACAGAAGACGGGGAGAGGCCAACUAAAAGAAGGCUGGAGAGAGACCCAUCAGCCAAUUAUGUGCUCCUACAAACUCGUGACGGUGAAAUUUGAAGUCUGGGGACUUCAAACCAGAGUAGAGCAGUUUGUACACAAGGUGGUCAGAGAUAUACUGUUGAUCGGGCACCGGCAGGCUUUUGCCUGGGUUGAUGAGUGGUACGACAUGACAAUGGAUGAAGUCCGAGAGUUUGAACGAGCAACUCAGGAAGCUACCAACAAGAAGAUCGGGGUUUUCCCACCUGCAAUAUCUAUCUCUAACAUUUCCAUGCCUUCUUCAACCCGCAGUGCUCCAUCCAGUGCUCCCUCAACUCCUCUCUCCACAGAUGCUCCUGAAUUCCUAACAGUUCCCAAAGACCGGCCUCGGAAAAAGUCUGCUCCAGAAACUCUCACUCUUCCAGAUCCAGCGAAAAAACCCCUUUAA